AUGUUGCAAUAUCAGCUGGUUUCCCGGAAGUUGUUCACCCAGUACUUACUAUAUCGCAUAUUUAUGCAUUUUCCUUACGUUUGCUAUUGGUUUAAAAGUAUAUUACUGCUUAUUUAUGGAGGCAGCUCUAGAGCAACAUCUCGACGACACAAUGAAAAAUCCUUCGAUUGUUGGAGUUUUGUGUACAGACGCCCAAGGUCAUAAUCUUGGAUGCCGCGGUUCUCUGUCUGAUGAGCAUGGUGGAGUUGUGUCUGUCCUGGCCAAGCAGGCUGCUUCUCUAACCAAAGAUCCAACAGACACCCCUACUGUGUGCCUGGAGUCUGACUCGGGGAAUGUGCUGGUGAAAACACAUGGAACCAUCACAGUAGCUGUACACAAGAUGGCAUCAUGAAUUUCUCUCUUUGGUCACAAAGUCUCCAAGUUGUUGCUAAUGAACAGUAACUCUGGACAAACCGAUUAUCAUCCAUUGGCUUUUGCUUCCAGGAAUACUGUAUAGUAACCUGUUAAACAUUACAUGGUUUUCUUUGCUUUUAAUAUAAUUUUUGGAGGGGGUGAUUUCACAUGGCCCUUAGCCCACUGCGCUGCCACAGAACUUGCGAUCACACAUCGCAUGCUGACGACCUGUCAUUUUUAAGCUAGCUAUAUUUGUCUUUUGUUUUUUGAACUGUCAUCAUUUUCCUUUUCUUUCACUAAUUUUGUUCAAUUAAUAAAUUGUUUAAAAAAACUAUGCUGAUUAUUUUGAUGUAAGAUAUUAAAGCUGUGAAGAAUAACACAUUGAAUGCCGUUAAUUAUCUGAAGUGCUUUAUGUUGCAGAAGAGAAUCCUCUUUAGGCCAGAAAACAUUUCAAACUGGUUUUUUCAAUGCAGGCAGUCUCUCUUAUAGCAUGACUUGAUUAAGAUUACUGCAAGGUACACGCUAGAGCUGACAGUAAAGGUUAUUGAAAAGGUAGAUGGACAGUCAAAAGUAAAUCACAUUUGUUGUAUAAUGUGUUUUAUUUUGUAUUUGAUUAACAUAUACCAGCCCUUUAUAUGUUGUCUUUGUAACAGAGCAACAGAACAUUUUUCUAUAGCCACACAAAACAGCAUCUCUUAUCAUAGUCAGGCUUGUAAAUCGGAUAGCUCUCCAUGCAUGUAAUUCCUUUCCCCCCACGGAACAGAAACAUGGGCUGAAAUCAUUUUAAAGUUCAGGUUACAUCCAAGUUGAAUGCAAAAGUUAGAAUACUGAGCCUAUUUAUAGUAGAUUAUUAUAGUCCAUCUUAGUCUAAUUCUGUCCUCUGCCUAGGUCACAGCCCCGUUUAGAGAUUACUCUGUCUGUUUAGAAAUACCAAAAAGGUGAUUUUUGAAUACUUUAGAAAUGUUUUCUAUAUAUUCACUUGGGAGUGUAAAUUAAAAUCACAGCUUUAUCAUAAAGCAAUAACAGUCAUUGCACAGUUGGCUGUACAUAUGUUAGUAAAUCACUGUUGCACACUUGCAAAGGCACAGUCUCACAAGCUUAGGAUGUCAGUAUUCUUGAAAGAGGACACUCCAUAUCAGUUUCCUGAGAGGGCAAGUUGGAGCUCUAGCACCACUUGCUCAAUGCAAAAGUUGCAGGAGUAGACAGGUCAUUCACCUUCUGGGGACACAGAAUGGGAGACCUGUGGUUACAAUUAACAUGUUCAAACUUAUAGGAGACUCAGGAUAUUUGUUCAGCUUCUACAGAACCUAUUCCUAUGAAUGUAGCUUCCAAUAAACUUGUGAUCUGCUACAUUUAUUUAACUUCAUAGCUAUACUGUAUGAAAAAAAUAUGAUCACCAUCCAGGUGGUGUGUAUAUCUGCAUUAAUCAAACAUUCAUGGUCUUGCUACUGUGCCAGUGUGGGCCAUUGGAAUUUUUUAUCUGUAUGACAAACUCUGGUAGAAUACAGGCUUUUAGAAUAAGCUCCAUCAUGUGCAGUUCAAUGUGUCGGCCUUACUUUAAUUUUAAUCAAGAUGGCCAUGGGUAAAAGAUUGUAUACUAAGAACAGCAUAUUCAAAAAAUUUAGUUCUAUCCUAAAAUGUUUUAUAUAUGAGUAUUUUAUUUUGGGGUGAAUUUUACCUCAUAAUUAGAUGAGUUAAUCAUGAUUAACUGUUGCAAAUCGACCAUUACCGCAAAAACAUCUUUUAUUAGUUUGACACUGAAGUAUCGUUGGUUUCGCACAAGGUGGCAGUAGGCAUAAGACAUAAAGGAUAUUCCAGGAAUGCAUUGUAAAUAAUCAACAUGUCUGAACAAUGUGAGCUUAAAGAUUUUUUUUUUUUUUACAUAAAGUAUGUUGAAAAUGUGCUGAAAUGUAUAUGACUCUAUAUUGUCCUGGAAGUGUACUGACAUGUAUAGUAAAACCAUUAUAGAUGUCACAUUUUACCACCACUGAGUGUGUUUAUGGUUUCAGCUGUGCAUAAUAUAAGUAUUUAACUGAGUCACAUAAUUACACCUAAACUUGGCUUUGCAAUCGU